AUGCAAGGAAAGUUGAUAGACUUACCUAUUCGCCUGCCCUUUGAUCCCAACACGAAGUACUACACUGCAGCGCUCUACGUUUGGAUCCAGACAUCUUGGCUGGCUUACUGCAAUACUGCAGCGGAUGUCUUCAUUUCGAUCUUAUUGGAACAGUGCAGAACGCAGGUUACUAUACUCAGAUAUGAUUUGGAGAACGUUGUCCAAAAGUCCAAAGAGGAAGCGACAGAAACACAUGGCAAUUAUGGUGAUAUACUUGAAAGAAAAUUUCGUGAAAUGUUGUUGCACCACAAGGAAAUCGUAAAAACUGCUGGCGAAAUACUAGAUAUAUUCAGCGGUGCCGUAUUUUACCAGUUUUUGGUGAGCGGUUGGAUUCUGUGUACAUCUGCAUACAAAAUGGUUAACAUGAACCCGGCUUCAAUAGAGUACGCAUCUAUGAUAUCUUACAUAAUCUGUGUUUCAAUACAAUUGUACGUCUAUUGCUACUACGGAAAUGAAAUAAAUUACGAAAGUCGCAGACUGACAGAUUCUGCGUAUGUUGUGGAUUGGUUAGAAAUACCAGUACGCCAAAGAAAAACCCUUAUAAUAUUCAUGGAGAGAAUAAAACAGCCCAUCGAACCUAUGGCAGGAACGAUAAUACCGCUAUCUAAUAGCACAUAUGUAUCGGUCUCUGAUAUAGAAGUCUCUUUGCAAAGUCUCCACACCAGAAAACUGACAGUUUUUGAGAAAAAUAAAAUAUUGAUUGAUGAUUAUGGCUGCGUCUCAUUAGGUGACGAUUCUGCCAAUAUCUGGGUUAAAGGAGACAAGAACUCCGGGUUCUGGAAAACACUCCAGGAGCAGGGCAGACUAAGACAAUGGUGUUUCCGGGUUGACAAAGUUGGUUCUGUAUUCAAGUUCCAUAAACAACCUUAUAAUAAAAAGGAAAAUAGGUUGGUCCAACUACCCCACGAAUGCUGUCGCCCGCCUCUCCUAAGAGAAGACGGGGACGUGGGCGACCGGGAGGGGGGAGAGGGACGGGAAGAACUACUCUUCCCCUCCCGGUCCUCCCUCCCAGGAACGGCGGCCCUCCUUAUGUGGUUCUGUCUACAAGGGGAGGAUGGUGGAGAGCGUUAGCUUUCCGCAGCGGAUGAGGGGCGGUAUGGUGGGUAGGCCGCGUAUCCAGCCCCCACGCGCAGGCCUACCUGCGCACGGAGACCCCUGCCGUGGAGCCCCGGGAGCGGAGCCGUGGUAGAAUCCCUAACGGGGACCCUGCGGCUCCGCACUAAGCAGUGUAGAGAAGGGGACCAUGCGUACCACAUUCAGCACGUCCAGCAGCUCCAAGAAUCUGUUUACCCGAGAAGAGUGGCUUUUUGUCAAAAAAUGUUGCAACGAUCUGAAGAAGAUCCUGAUUUUUUUAACAAAAUACUGUGGACCGAUGAGUCUCGAUUUGAAAAGAUUGGAGUAUUAAAUAUGCAUAAUUACCAUAACUGA